AAGAAUGAGAAAGAGAUUCUAAUUCCUAAGAGAAGCAAAUCAGUCACAGACAUGGCAGGACGUCAAUACAAUUUUCAAUUGCUGCUUCUAUUUGUGCUUCUUUUAGUUGCAUUGUCCAAUGUUGCAGAGUGUUACGGCCGUGCAAAGCUCCGUUCAUCAGAUUGCAAGCCAAGGUGUACAUAUCGUUGCUCAGCCACAUCACAUAAGAAGCCAUGUAUGUUCUUCUGCCUCAAAUGCUGCUCCAAAUGUCUGUGUGUUCCUCCUGGUACUUAUGGUAACAAGCAGACCUGCCCUUGCUACAACAACUGGAAGACCAAGGAAGGAGGACCCAAGUGCCCCUGAAGCUGCAUUAUAGGGUCACUCAUUAGAGAGGCCUUGGUUUUAUGUAUUUCUUCUUGUUAUAUGUCAUAUUCGUCGACAUUGCUCUUGGGAUCGAGCUCAGCGAGAGGACCUGAGUAGGUCAACUGACCUCUAGCCCAACUCAGCUCAUCCAUAUAUUUUGAUAUUAUAAUCUAUACGAGAAAUAUCCAAGAUUAA